UGGGGGAGGGGUGAGGAUGGAGGGAGACUGGGCCGGGAGGCUGUGUCGGACCGGGCCCGCUGGCGUCCGCUGGGCUGAGCGGAAGAGAGGACCGCGGUGGGGACCGUGCCCUUUCUUCCGCCCCGCCCCUUGGGACCACCUCCAUUCCCCCCUGCGGUCCGGCGGCGGCUGGCUGGCCCGGGUCUGGUAGCUGGGCUGACUGAGGCCGCCCUUUCAGGCCUCCGUCUCCCGACCCGCGGAGAGGCCAUCUCCCUGCGGUCGCAGCAGGGCCUUCUCCGCGCCCAUCUCCACUUUUCCAAAGAGAGAAGGCCGGCUGGGAUUCCGGGAGUUUCCCGCCAGAGCAGGGUCCUCCUGAGGGAGAGCUGUUUUCCACCGGGAAGUUGAGCUUCGGCUCCCACCUGCUUCUCCUCUCUUCUUCCUUGAAACCUGAAUGCUCCUCCUGCCUGCCGUGUCUCACCUACACAAUUCUCCAACUCUUUUACCCCGCGGUAUUUCCCUGGGAUGUGAUAAUCGCUAGAGCCACCACCAGAGAAACGUCAGGACCCUUGUGCACAGGUUAUGAAAACCCCCCUAACUGCCCAGGUCUUACCUGGCUCAUCGCCUCUUGGAUUUUGUGUUUUUACUAAAGUUAGUGAUGUGAAAAGACCUGAAAUGGAAGACACAGCUGACGGGGUGAAGAUGGAUGCUGGGGAGGUGACCUUAGUCAACCACAGCUCCACCUUCAGAACCCGCCUCUUGCGGCAGUCUGGCUUUCCAGAGGACCAGCCUUUGCUUUCUGACCAGCAGAUCCUGCCUUUUAGGCAGGGGACUUUAGACCGAGCUUUCACGUGUUCUACAAGAAGUGCAGCCUAUAAUCCAAAUUAUCACUCAGAUAACCCUUCCUCAGACAGUUUCCUUGGCUCAGGUGACAUAAGAACCUUUGGUCAAAGUGCAAAUGGACAAUGGAGAAAUUCCACUCCAGCAUCAGGCUCAGCAUUGCAAAAACCAAGAAAUAGCCGAAGUCUUUACCUCGAAACCCGGAAGACCUCAAGUGGAUUAUCAAAUACGUUUGUGGGAAAGUCCAAUCACCACUGCCACGUGUCUGCGUAUGAAAAGUCAUUUCCCAUUAAGCCUGUCCCAAGUCCGUCCUGGAGCGGGUCGUGUCGUCGCAGUCUUUUAAGCCCUAAGAAAACUCAGAGGCGACAUUUCAGCACAGUAGAAGAGACAGUUCAAGAAGAAGAGAAGGAGAUCUACAGACAGCUGCUGCAGAUGGUCACAGGGAAACAGUUCUCUGUAGCCAAGCCCACAACACAUUUUCCGUUACACCUGUCUCGGUGUCUUAGUUCCAAUAAGAACUCUUUGAAAGACUCGCUGUUGAGAAACGGAAACUCUUGUGCAUCUCAUGUCAUUGGUUCUGAUACGUCAUCCUCUGGAUCUGCCAGCAUUUUAACUGCACAGGAGCAGUUGUCCCACAGUGUACAUUCCCUGUCAUCUGGUACCCCGGAUGUUGCCUUUGGAUCCAAAGACUCUGAUCCUCACCAUCACCUCUCUGCACCUCAUCAGCCAGAUAGCUUACCAGCAUCAAAUACACAAUCCGAAGGAUCAGACUCUGUGAUUUUACUCAAAGUGAAGGAAUCUUCGACUCCAGCUUCCAGUCCUACUUUCUUCCAAGCAGAGCUAUGGAUCAAAGAAUUAACUAGUGUUUAUGAUUCUCGAGCUCGGGAAAGAUUGCGCCAGAUUGAAGAACAGAAAGCAUUGGCACUACGGCUUCAAAACCAGAGAUUGCAGGAGCAGGAACACGCUGUACUUGAUUCCAUAGAACUUCACCUUCGUGUACCUCUUGAAAAGGAGAUUCCUGUCACAGCUGCCCAAGAAACUAGGAAAAAAAGUCACCAACUAACUGAUAGUGAAGAUGAAUUUCCUGAAAUUACAGAGGAAAUGGAAAAAGAAAUAAAGAAUGUAUUUCGUAAUGGCAACCAGGAUGAAGUCCUCAGUGAGGCAUUCCGCUUGACCAUUACACGCAAAGACAUUCAGACUCUAAACCAUCUAAACUGGCUCAAUGACGAGAUCAUCAAUUUCUACAUGAAUAUGCUAAUGGAACGCAGUAAAGAGAAGGGAUUUCCAAGUGUACAUGCGUUUAAUACCUUUUUCUUCACUAAGCUAAAAACAGCUGGUUAUCAGGCAGUGAAGCGUUGGACAAAGAAAGUGGAUGUAUUUUCUGCUGACAUCCUUCUGGUGCCUAUUCACUUGGGUGUGCACUGGUGUCUGGCUGUUGUAGACUUUAGAAAGAAGAGUAUCACCUACUAUGAUUCUAUGGGUGGAAUAAACAACGAGGCCUGCAGGAUCCUCUUGCAAUACCUAAAACAAGAAAGUGUUGACAAGAAGAGGAAAGAGUUUGACACCAACGGCUGGCAGCUCUUCAGCAAGAAAAGCCAGGAAAUCCCACAGCAGAUGAAUGGAAGUGACUGUGGAAUGUUUGCUUGCAAAUAUGCUGACUGCAUUACCAAAGACAGACCAAUCAACUUCACACAGCAACACAUGCCAUAUUUCCGGAAGCGAAUGGUCUGGGAGAUCCUCCACCGGAAGCUCUUGUGAAGACUGUCUCAGUGAGAAGACAGACAUUGAGCCUAUGGGGAACCAGCCUUUGCCAUCGACAGCCGGAGACCUUGGAAACAGCUGCUCCUAACCCCCUGUCCUUGUACAGCCCUUGAUCCUGGACCAGACCAGGCAAGAUGCAUUCACAAGCACAUCUGCCUUUCCUUUUGUAUCUCAGAUACUAUUUUUGCAAAGAAACUUUGGUGCUGUGAAAGGGGUGAGGAACAUCCCUCCUGAAGAGAGACUGCUUUUCACUUCAGCUCUGCUGUCUUGUUUUCCAAGGGCUCCAGAUCACUGAGUCCCUCAUUAAGAGUCCAAGGAAAACUUGGGAAGAAUCUUGGUUUCAUAUAAAUUCUUGUUGCUAGGCCUUACCGAGAAGUAGGAAAGGGCAUGGGCAGCAGGUAGGGAUAAAAACCACCAGCAUGUAGACAUACACAUAGUCCCCAAGAUGCAGAGUCAGGAAUGGAACCACAAACUGGACUCUGAGGCACAAGCAUAAGUCUCCUCCUCCAGAACCUUCCUAUUUAUGUGCCCUCCAUGAAACCAACUGCUUCUCCUCAAAGUUGUUUCCUCACUGGUAGAGUCAUCCCAUUGUGAGCACACUGCACAAGCCCCGGCAGACCCUAAAAUCUCCAGCAGUCCUUUCCUUACACGCAGGGGUUGUAUGUGCAAGCACACAUGUGCUGUGGGAGGGCCCACCCCGAAGCACUGAGUGCAGCGGCCGGCCGGGCCCCAGCUUCACUACUGCCUGCUUCUGACCGAGAAGGACCCCAGUGGUUAGCACCACAUACCAGAGUUGGAUGAGUACAGGUCUAGGUGGUCUGUGGCUAGUUAGUUUAAAUAUGUUUCUAACCACCACAGAGAAUUUUAUAUACCUAUAUACCUAUAUGUGUGUAUACAUACAUACAUAUACACACACAAUGUGAAAUAUAUAUUUCACAGGGAUAUGCUUUUAAAAGAAAAAAGACUGAAUGUGUUCAUCAUUUAGUCUGUAGGUUUAUUUUCAUCUUUCAAAUUCCAGCACACAGUGAUCCCAGCAAGCCCUGUGUAUCGGGCAUUUGUAGAUUUCCUAAGAGUAUUUUGAGGCCUGGAUGAAUCUGGUUUAGGAGUAAAGGUUAUCAAGGUGGAUGACGCUGUCAGCUAAAGAUGGGGUGGAACUUGGAUGGGCUUGAGGUUUUUAAACUGCUCUUUCUUGUUUGUAGCACCUCUCCCCCUACCCCUCACAGAGCUCCUGAGGUGAGAUGGUGAGGGGACACAGUGCCAGUGUCCUUUUGUACUUAAGUUCCACAACAGGGACGUUUUCUACUUUCUGUAUGGUGACCAGUAGUUUUCUAUGCAGUCUCCUCCCCGCUUCCCUUAUGCCAGCCCUUCCAGCACUGUGCUCUCUCCUUGGGCUUAUUUGGAAAUUUUGCUCUGUUUUAUACCAAUCUUGUUUAGUACAUUUUUCUAUGUUUUACCACAAGUUACAAUUUGAAAACAACAACAACUAUUUUUUUUACUCCUCCAUUGUUAAAUGAAUGUUACCGUCUCCACUCCAGCAGCCUGCGCCCUCUUGCCUCCCCCUGCAUGUUGGGGGCCGAGGGCCCGCUGUACAUUGGUGUUUCUUUCUCUCGCUGCUUCUCCUUCCUCACUCUUCCUCCCUUUCUUUUUCUCUUGAUUUUCCAUAGGAAAUAAAUAGCUUUCUAUAUAUGAGUUGCUGGGCCCUUUCACAUUCUCUUUUAGAAAACUGGCAGGCAGACUCAGCACAGGACUCAAAGCUACUGUCUGACUAAGUGACCGCUCACACAGACACGCUCCUCAGACUUCUCUCAAUAUUAUCUGGGGCUCAUCACAAGAUGGUUUUCUGUGGUUGUUUUUUCCUUUAGACAAUAUCUGUUUUAUCAUCCUCAGAGACUUUUUGUAUGGACCAAAACAACAAAUAUUUAUUGCCAUGAAUUGCAGAAUAUGAGACAUGCAACAAAAGCACUUUGCAAAAUAUAUAGAAUUGUUGACCCAGUCUGAAGUUGGCUGGCUUCAGAUUUAAACUCCAAUGCAGAUGUUUAACUCCAAUGCAGGUUAAAUGUACCAGGUAAAAGCUAAUGGUCCUAAGACCACUGUCCACGCAGAAUAAUAGGAAUAAGUCAGACUGUGGGGGGUGGGGGGGCUUAAUGGGAACCAAGUGCAGACAAGUAUCUGGAAACUUCGCCAGUUCAAGUGGACGUUGGCGACCAAGACUGAAGCUGUUUGUGUAUUUCAUGGCCCAGGGUAUGCUACCAGUAUCUCUUUUAACCUGCUCUAAACAAUCUGAUAACCAUCUCCCCUCUGCUAUACAAGGCAUAUGUGAAGGAUGAUAGCAUGGCAGUUACAGACUCUUCAGUGAAAUCCACAGUCCCGGCCGUCAUCUAGAGUGUACACAGAAAAUGAGACUGCUUCUGCCCCUUUGAGAACGUAUGCUAUGAUGUAUGGAAGAUGGCUGCACCCAGGGGAUCACUCGAGACCCACUGUGACUACCAGAAGUCCUUUGUAGGGUUCAGUGUACUUGUCCACAGACAGCCUAGGGACUCGCUGUCAGUCCACUCUUCCUCCUAUCCUUUAGAUGCCCUCAGCACUGCUUUAGCAUUUAGUGGUUGAAGGGGACAGCAGAUAACCCAGCAAAACGUUCCUAUCUACCCCAUCUCACAACCUGCCCAUCACCACCACCUGGUCUUAUACACCCAUGAUACGAUCAGUCAUUAGAGGAUGGAGAGAGAGGGGGCUUGUUAAAGAGCUGCUUUGUGUUUAAAUCUUAACCUCUGAUCCUCCUGUGCCAUCCUCCAAGCUCUGGGAAAAGGUCAGAAUAAGAAAUGACUAACAUUUUAUUGUUUGGUUUUUCCUUGCUCUACCCGCAUGCCCGAUGCUAGGUGGAGUAAGAUGCUGUAAGUUAAUGUUGACGGUUAGUAUCAGCACUGCCUUGGUUGUAGAAUUAAGGCUACACAAGAGCCUUGCUCAAUACAGCAUGCCUAGGUGUAGGCUGGCCUUCUGUCUGAGCUGAGGAACAGCUGCUGAUAGUUCAGUGACUGCUAGAGAUUGCCUUACCCUAGACAGAGCCAGCUGCUAGGAAGGCACAUGUGGGAGGAUGGUACCCAAGAGCACAGGCUCCAUUCUGCUCAGGCACACCCAGUCUGGUCCUUGUCCAAGUACCCACUAAGUGUGUACACCCAGGCCUGACUAGAGCUCUCCCUGGUCACACUACCUUAAAAUCUCUUGUCUGGACUUCUGUUGUCCUGAUGAGGGAGUGGCCUAACUUCUCUCUGUUUGUCCUUCCUCUGACUUUCUCUUGGUUGGCACAGCAUUGAGCUGCCAAGGCCGGGAGACUGGAUUGGUGCUGUUUUCCUAGCAAAGAGUUCAAGCAUCUGUGUUGUCUGUAAAGAACAAGGCAGGGCUCAUUCUCUGAAACAUUUCUUAAAGAAGAGUAGUGUUGUGAGGGUGCAAGAGAAUUAGUCCUUUGUCAUAACUUCCAAAUACUGUAGGCCCAGAGCAUCUAUUCCGACCUCAAACAGGGCUCCUCUUGGCCUUUAACAGAAGCACCUUCCUCAUCAGUUCGGCAUGUUGCCAUUUGGGGCUCUCGGGCUAUAGCCCAAGAGGCUUAUCAGAACAGCUUUUUAACCCAUUAGCUAGGUUCCUCCUCCGUCCUUUUUAUUGACAGGAAUAUCCCUUGCACAUUCAGACGAUGGGUUCCUUUCUCUUUGUCUUGUCGUGUAAAGGCACUUGUCUUACCUGAAACUCAUAGGGAAUCCUCCGUCUGAAGAUUUCAUAAGUGUGAGGUCAAGCACUUCACUUAGGAGCCCUGAAGGGUGAGAAAGAUGGGUUAACAAAGGAAGUAAAAGCCACCUUGUCCUCAGGGUCUUACAGUCUGUAAGUUUAUAGUUUGCCUGAUUUGGAAGACUAAGCAAACACAGGUAUAAGAAAGAAAGAAUACAGGCUCGUUAGCACACAGUUCAGAAUGAAGCUGAAGUGGAGGAGAGGAUUGAGGUGUAGAUGUGUUAGGGAUAAUGUUGCCUUUUCUGUAUGUGUGACUCUCUAGGCUUCUCCCCCCACCCCCCAAGACAGGGUUUCUCUGUAUAGCCCUGGCUGUCCUGGAACUCACUCUGUAGACCAGGCUGGCCUCAAACUCAGAAAUCCACCUGCCUCUGCCUCCCAGAGUGCUGCGAUUACAGGCGUGCGCCACCACCUCCCGGCUGACUCCCUAGGUUUUUUUUUAAUUGAUUUAUUUAAAAUAAAUUCUGUGGAUUUUGCUUCUGUA